UGGGUAAAAGGACAAUAAUAUUGGCAAAUCGAUUCGAAACUGGAGCCCCUCCUUCUGCAGAAUCGAAUGUCUUCAGCGAAUGGAUUCAAGAAUUGCCUAAGCCAAUCAGGCGAGUUUCUGCCAAUACAAACGUUUGAUAUAUAUAGUUCAUUCAGUCCCUCCACAUUGGGCAAAACCAGAUGCUAUAUAUACUAAUUGUUGUAUCGUGUAUAGUUGUACAAGCUUGUUAAAUUCAAUCAAAUGCGUUCAAAUGCUAAUCUUUUGGCGAAAGGUCGGUCUCCCAAGUUAAAAAUAAACGUGGGGGAAAUGCAUGCACAAUACGUACCAGGUUGUGGAUUUGGUGUGAAUAAGCAGGCAUUCGCAUUUGUCGUCCAAAAUUGUUUGGCCAACAAUGAUCGUGCGGUCGACCUCUGUGAAUUCGAUGUACAAAAUGUUGAUGGAGGUACCCUCCAGUAUAUUUCGAAUGAUAUUUCCCAAAGUAUGACAGAAAAAAAGAUGCCGAUUUGGCACUUAUUAUUCGGACACAUGUCCUGGCUCUACAUUUUUGAUAGUCUUGGAAUUUUCAGGAAAAAUUGGAGGCAUCCAGAUAUUUCACGACAAACUUAUGGUGUAAAAUAUUAUACCCGUACAUGACUUUGGGAGCUUGGAGAAACAGAAUAUCACUUGUGGCAUCCCAAAAAGCCCUUAACGAUUUCCACUAACGUUACAGUAUAGAAAGUAAUAUCCAGUAUUGUGCUUUUCAGUGAAAUUUGCCUAUUUUGGGGUAUUGAUGCCAACUAAUCGAGAAAAGGAGUAUGAUUGGCUACAAAGAACGAAGGUUGCGAUUUGAUUGGCUAA